AUGUAUUUGAUAACAUCAUUAUUGCCAUCACAACAAGAUCAACCGCUGAUAAAUCGGAUUUUACCUAAGGAACUCAUUCUCAGGAUAUUUUCAUUCUUGGAUAUAACUUCACUUUGCCGAUGUGCUCAGACUUGCCGGCACUGGAAUCUUUUAGCAAUGGAUGGUAGUAAUUGGCAAGAAGUUGAUCUCUUUCAAUUUCAAAAGGAUAUUAAAGCUCCUGUUGUGGAGAAUUUGGCUAAACGUUGCGGAGGAUUUUUAAAAAAAUUAAGUUUACGUGGUUGUGAAAAUGUUCAGGAAGCGGCACUUCGAUCCUUCACUGUAAAAUGUCCAAAUAUUGAAGAACUAUCCUUACAUAAAUGCAAACGAGUAACUGACUUAACUUGCGACUAUCUUGGAAGGAAUUGCCAUAAAUUAAAAUGGUUGGAUUUGGAAAAUUGCACGGCCAUCACCGACAAAGCAAUGAAAGCGAUUAGUGAAGGUUGUAAGAAAUUGGAAUACUUAAAUGUAAGUUGGUGCGAAAAUAUACAAGAUUCAGGGAUUCAGUCAAUACUUCUACAAUGUUCAGUACUUAAUACACUAAUCUGUAAAGGAUGUGAAGGAUUAACGGAGAACAUUUUCGCAGACAUGAAGGAAUAUUGUAAAGAACUGCGAAAUUUGAAUCUUUUGGGUUGUUUCGUUGUUGACGAUACUGUUACUGAUAUAGCAGUUGGUUGUCCACAGCUUGAAUAUUUAUGCCUCUCGAUGUGUCCUCAGAUUACUGAUCGAGCACUCAUUGCUCUCGCGAAUAGUUGUCGAAAGCUGAGGUAA